AUGAGCACUGGAGGCCGCCGACGCAGUCGUAGUCCCCCUGUUAAUGCAUGUGAGAGCUCGCCUCUUCUGCCUCCUGGUAGCAUCUCACUCAAUUACAACUCAGACUCGGCUGUCUAUGACCGCAAGGAGGAAGAGAACGGCAAUGGCUCGCGUCGUUACUUUGACGCCAGCAGCGACGAGGAUGACGACAGCGACGAGCUCGAGAAUUUCAGCGAUUUGGACCGGCAAUUCUCACCCCCUACCUACCGUCAACACCCGGACUCAUUCCGUCAGAUCCCGAGAGCCAAAUGGCAUGGCCUUGGGACACGCAGCAAGUUUAAACGAGGAGCCCCCAAGCCCCUGCCCACCCCGGGGACGGUGAGUCAUACGACGAGACGCUCACGCAUGAGGACAAUUAAAAAGCAGUUGAGAGAACCGCCCAGCGCAUCAAAGCUUAGAGUGUCCGCGUACUGUACGUGUGACCAAUUGCAGCUGUUUAAAUUGCUCAAGUGGCUCGAGAGAGUUGAAACAGGGCAAUUGCCGGGAGGAGAGCUACAUCCUGAUGGAUGGACGCACAAAAUGUACAUGGGUGCGAUACAUUCGAGCUGUGUUCCUGCCCCAGAUCAUGUGUUAGUGGUGCCAUUUCAGCAGAAGGACGCCUUCUACUUUGCAACGGGGUGCGCAGUCUUCUGGGGCUUGACAAGAGCCGAGGAACAGGCGCAUCUGGUUGCGCUAGCAGUAUUCUCAGUAGGACCAGUGAAACAGGUGGAGGUGGAGGACAUGGACUACAUGUAUGGUGAUUCAAGUAUCAUCUGCAACGAUGCCAUUACGCUCAGUAGUAAUCGCGCGUCUGAGAAGCUGGCGGUUUCUUUCGCCAUGGCACAGUCAUCGAAACUGGACGUCUUUGAAGAGCGCGUGGAGGAAACGAUUCGUGAGACGAAACAUGUGCCACAGAAUCUUGCGGCGACAGGAUCGAUUCAGUAUUCCCAGGGCGACAUCUCCAAGCUCAUCGGCCGGUUAUUCAUCGAGCGAAGCGAUGUUAAUCUGAACUCGGACAUGCUGGAUGAGCCGGACUUCUUCUGGGAGGAUGACGAGUACGAGCCGUUGUAUAAGAAAGUGAUGAAGUAUUUGAGCGUGGAUAACCGUGUCCAGAUCCUCAACACGCGUUUAGACAUCCUUCGUGAACUGCUGGACGUGCUAAGCCAGCAACUGGCGCACCAACACGAUACGAAACUGGAAAUGAUCGUAAUCUGGCUUAUCGUCGCAGAGGUCGCCGUGCAAGUCGUGUGGAACAUUCUCAUAAAGGAUAUCCUCGGUUUCUUUCCGCACUCCGACACGGAAUAG